AAGCAAUUUUAGGAGUUUAAUUCAGUUUUUAUUUUAUUUAUAAAUCUCUCAUAAAUCACUCUUCUUUGAUCUUCUGGAACCCUUUACUUUCGUUGUCUGCGUCCCUUUUUGUUAUCAUCUCUCUCUCUGUCCACGGGAAGGAGAGAAUCUUAGGAAGUAAAGAUGUCUGCAACACAGGAGGAAGAGAAGAAGCCAGGUGGAGACGGAGGAGCUCACAUCAAUCUCAAGGUUAAGGGACAGGAUGGGAAUGAGGUGUUCUUCAGGAUCAAGAGAAUCACCCAGCUGAAGAAGCUGAUGAAUGCUUACUGUGACAGGCAAUCAGUGGACAUGAACUCCAUCGCCUUCUUGUUUGAUGGCCGUCGUCUUCGCGCUGAGCAGACUCCUGAUGAGCUUGACAUGGAGGAUGGUGAUGAGAUCGAUGCAAUGCUUCAUCAGACUGGUGGCUCUGGUGGUGGCGCUGCUAUGGCCUGACACACACUUAUCCUGGUUUAGUGGUUUCACGAUUAGAUCGUGUGAUAUGGAUGGUUAAGAAGUAAUCGGCAUUAGGAUUUGCGGACUUGUUUUUUUUAUUUAUGACCAUUGAUUGUCCUUAGAAAACUAAUAUGGUCUAGAAGGUUUUUAAAAUUUAACCUUUGGUUGAUUUCUAUUUGAAUAUAUUGGAUCUUAAUGUCCUACGACUAUUUGCGCUUAAA